UUAUGGCAUUGUUGCUCUGUUUCUUAUCCUUUCCGGAGUUGUUUUUACAAUCUUCGCCGUUUUUCAAAAGGAAUCUCAGAUUGGAAAGGUGUGGCUAUCAGGGCCCGUGCUUAUUGUUGUUGGUACUGUCCUAUGCGGAAAGGCAAAAAUUUUCUAGUAAAAAAUAUUUCGAAUCUAUUCAGGUAAUGAUAGAUUGGGGUCCUGCGAUGGAACGUAGUUACUCCGACUCACUCGAUCAGCAAAUCGAGGAGUUGGGCUAUUCAAAUAUGUUAACCUCAUCUGUUGUUGCUGUGAACAGAUCGGCCGGCGGCAACACUUCAGAGAUUGCUCAAUUUAAAAUUCCAUUUAAAAACUCAUCUUUCCCUAAUUUCGGUGCAAUUCCCACAUCAACAAAUCCCAAUAAUCCUUCUCCAUCACUAUCAAAUUUAAACGAGGCAGACGCACUUUUGUUUCCACAAUUUGAUCAAAUUAAUUAUGGCUGUGAACAAAUCGGCUGGCGGCAACAUAAUAUUAUGCAAACUCAAAGUGAAAAUAAACAUGAAAUGACUGAUAAAACAACUCAGGCUAAAAUGAGCUGUGAAAAAUGUGCAAAACUUUGGUCCAUUAUUGAAAAAAAAAGCAAAGGAUUAAGUAGUGAAGGAUCUCUAUCAAAAAGGUACAAAAUUAAAUGGCGUAGGUUUUAUAAAUACUUAAUUCAAGGCAACCCAAAAUUUUGGGAAAAUUUGUUUUCUCCGAACUAUGUGACGAGAUUGAAGAACUUCAACAAGAAUAGUAGAUCACUUUGA